ACUUAUUCGCUUUUUUCAUAGAGUGAAUGAAGGAAUGUGUUUUAUUUUUCGCGAGUGAUCUCGGCAAACGGGUAUUGUGUUCGUGAGAAUGACCCAUGGAGCAUCUGAUGCUUUGAAAAAUAUCAGCUGUCCUAAUCAAGUUCAUAAUGAUGACAGAGGCGAUGUUGGAUCCGCACGAUCAAUGGCUGUGCGGGUUUUCCAAGAAAACUUUGGAAAAUCGAUUGAAAUUUACCGUCAAAUUGGAACUCACCAAAAAUUCCACCCGACAUUUCUUCAACGGAACUUGUGGUACAUGAGAGUCGAGUCGACAGAAGUAAAUCAGUCGGGGUCUGCUCCUACCGGUGUCAUUAGAAACGGAAAUGUGAAAGAGCCAGAGAAAAAAUUUGCCCAUUCGAGAAGGGAUUUUAAGCGUUCCUACUUGAGCAGUCUCUUGUCUGCUGUUGAACGCCAGGUUCCGCUGAUUGCGGAUGCACCUUCUACACCGCGUGGAUAUUCCUCGCUCAAAAUCAACGUGGGAAAUUUUUCUUUCGGAGGUUUGUUGUUGAAAGAUGAAUCUAGUUUCGACGAGUUGUCGAUCGUUUUCUGGUUGAACAAACGGGCAUUUUGCAAGCGAAAGAAUGUGUUCGGCACUGUGUCAAAGGAGGUCGUGAAGGAGAUAUUACGGCAGAGAACCAAGCUGUCAUCGAGCGAUACUUCGUUUGAAAUACCGGCCUUCUGUUUUAGUCCAAUGAGGCCCGAGAAAGAAACUGUGGAGUACAAACUCGAAGUGGAAGUUCGGGCUAGUGGAGAAAAUGAAGGUCCAUCGAGCACGAAGAAACGGAAGCUGUCCGAACAGGAGAGUUCGUCUUCUACUCUAGGAGAGGACCAACGAAGUGACGUGAUGAGGUUCAUGGCCGACUUUACCGUUUAUAGUUUCACUGGGGAGUGUCAGUUGCCGGACGGAGAGUACGAGUUUACUCUGAAGCCGUUGAAUGACGUCGUAUCGACUACUGGCCGAACUCCAGCUGCAUCAGGGAUGAAGUGGAUCCCUGCCCCUCAGAAUUCCGCAUUUCAGAAAGUCGAAAAGGAACUCAGAAGCACUGCGCUCCUUCAGCUGAGUGUUGCGUGGACUGUAGCGAAAGAUGCACCAAUCCAGCCGUUUACUGUAUCUGAAACAGCUUUCCGCAGAGCUCAUGAUUCGCUAGUCAAUCCUCGAGCGAAACUCAAGUCCGAAGAGAAACUUUCCGCUGCUGCCGAGAAGCGUAAGCGACUGCGGCAAUCUUUGCCUUCUGUGGUCCAAAUGAAUUUCGUCUGUGAGAAGAAACGUAUUCUGGGAUCGAAAGUGGUGACUGGGUCGUCAUUGAGCUGCGUAUUUUGUACCGUUCAUUGUCGAUCGUUGUACGCUUUGCUGAAGCACAUGAGUUUAUGUCACGCACGUUUGAACUUCGUCUACUCGGCCUUACCGGGGAAAGGGGCGAGCAUUGAAGUGACCGUCAACUACGACUACGACGGGUCUUUCAACGGGAAUCCUGCAGAACUCAGUGCUGUCGAAUUUUCAGGAGCUUUGGGUUGUCGAAGAGAACCUCGAAUUCGAAGCACCGCCACUUGGGUUAUGAUGAGUUCUCGAAGAUCCGGAUGUAAGCCUACCGCGUCCUUAUCUCAGUUUUUGGCUCCGGGUUCUGGCCGACGAAACGCAGAUGGCGGAAAUGGAAACUCAGGGGAAAAUGGAUCCGAUUGUCAUCGGACUUUCGUGACUGGCCACCGUAGGUUGUAUUACCGAACCAUCACGUGUUUGCCAGUCCCAUCCGCGGAGCACGUCGGGGAAUCAGACGACGAAACCGAUCCCGAUUGGCUCAAAACGAAAACGCAUUUGAUGAUUGACGAUUUCACUGACGUUAACGAAGGCGAGAAAUCAUUGAUGAAAGCCUGGAAUCUACACGUUUUAAAGCACUAUUUCGCUGGCGACUGUCACAUGGAUCUGGCAGUUUCUAUGUUCCUCAACGACAAAAUCGAUUGGAUUAUCUCCUCGAACCUUUCAAAGAACUUCUGCUGCCUCUUGCAAAACAUGUGUCUGUUUGGAUUGAUCAAGAUGUCCACGGUGCUGUGCGCCGCCCACGCCGUCAACACCGCGGCCCUCGCUCGUAAACCCUCGAAAUGCAAAACGGAACCAAUAGAGCCUGAUCUAGGCGAUCUCAGUUGUGGAACCGGUAAUAAUUUGGCGUAAAACGGACCGAAAGUUUUUAUCGGAUACGUGUUGAAUUCGGGUUUUCUUUGCGCAACGUACUCCUUGAAAUCACUGUAAAUAUUGCGGUAUUUAAUUUUUCCGUAUAAUAUAUUGAUCAACUUAUUCAACUGCCUUUCUCGCGAAGUUCGGGUGUUAAUUUGUGAUGACAUUUAUCGGCAGUUGCCACGUUUGAUCGAUUUUCCAAAGUCGAGCCGUCGACGCUGAUGAAGUCGUAUAAUCUGCUCGAAAUCUGUACAGUCCAGUUGUGGAACGCUUUUGUAUAGUUUAUUUUGUAUCAUUGUGCAUGCCGAUCUUCGCGAGUCAGUCACUUGAGUUGCCAUUAAGCUAUAAAAUGGUAUUUGGUCAAGUCCAGAAUUACACACAAGAUUUAUGGAAUAUUCCCGAAAGUUUCGCGUUUAUUGUUGAAUGAACAGCCAUUCUUGCCUAUCAUCAUCUUUCACUUUUGUACCCGAAGUGAGAGGGAUUUUAAUGCUGAGUGUUUUUGUAUCCGGAGUGGUAUCAGAGAAGGAUGAUUUUAGUGCGUGUA